AUGUCAAUAGAACCCCGCAAGGCCGACCCUGGCCAGGGCACCUCAGGAGAUCCGUAUGGGCCAUUCCCACUCCCAACCACAACCACGACAGACUACUGGACAACAUUCAAGACCAUCACGACGUCUCACUGCGCAUGUGUCACCACGUCCUCUCCCCCACCACCAAUCGUCAUCACCACCACCACCAAGUCCAGCGCCGCCGCGGCCGUAACACAAUGGAUCCACCACGAAGACGACGGGCUGGCGGCGGGCGUGAUCGGCGGGAUCGUGAUCGGCGCAUUCUUCGGGUUCCUGCUGCUGGUGCUCCUGCUGAUCUGCUGUUUCCGCAUCUUCACCGGCGGGCGCGGCGGGGGUCGCGACUCCGACUCGGAGACGUCGUCGCACCACUCGCACAGAAAGCGGCGCAGGCGCGUCGUCGCCAUCGAUCCGUACCCGGAUCGCCCGGACGCGAACCUCACGUUCCUCGGCGGCGGCAAUCGCCGUGACACAAAGGUCGUCAUUACCAAGACCCAGAGGUAUUUUGUCCGUCCGCAGCCUGCGGUGCUCAGGGAGGGGAGGACGGUCAGGACGAAGCAAACGAGGCGGGAGAGGGUUGUCAUUGUGGAUGAUUAA